CGGCAGUAUAGUUUAAUCCUACCUCGAAUCCUUUAUAUCUUUCCUAUGGUCUUACCAAACUUUCAUGCGUGCUCUCAUAUAUUUAAGUCAAAAUUUAGUUGAUAUUUAAAUGUAUUUAGAAAAUUACAGUUUCUUAAUCUUCAACGUUGACUGGCAUUCAAACUACUUUUGUUCUCAGUUUAUUUGAUGCCAGUGUCAGAAGACAAUUUUUAUCACUGUGAGUGUUAGUACGAGCUAUAUACAAGUUUUAUUGAUAAGAUGGUUACUAUAAACAAUCAAUAUUAUCUUUUUACCGCUCUCGAAUUCAAGUUUUGCAUAUUUCAUUUGGUUUAUAAAUAUGACCACUGAAGUUAUUGCUUCUGAAGACUUCCAUUUACUUUUUUAUUUUGCAUUAGAUUCCUAAAACAGUUAGAGAUGCCAUAUGCCAAUCAGCCUAUCGUCACAUUAACGAGCUUUAACAAUGAAAACAUAAAGUUUGUCCUGGAAGAGACUGAUUUAAGCGUAGCCAAUGCUAUUCGGCGUGUUUGUAUCGCUGAAGUCCCUACUCUUGCAAUAGAUUGGGUACAGAUUGAAGACAAUAAUACAAUGUUAAAUGAUGAAUUCAUUGCUCAACGCGUUGGGUUAAUUCCACUGACAUGUGAUAAUGUAGUUGAUAAAAUGACUUAUUUCCGAGAAUGUCCUUGCCGCGAAUUCUGUGAGCAAUGUUCCGUUGAACUUACAUUGGAUGUAUGUUGUACUACGGAUGCACCAAGGCAUGUUACUGGAGCAGAUCUGAUCAGCAGUAACCGUGAUGUACAACCUGUACCAUCAAGAGAUGCUGAUGAAUCGUCAUAUGUCGGUCAGGAAUCCAUACUAAUUGUUAAAAUGCGCAAGGGGCAACGCCUGAAAUUAAGAGCAAUCGCAAAAAAAGGUUUUGGUAAAGAACAUGCAAAAUGGAAUCCAACUGCUGGUGUAGGGUUUGAAUAUGACCCAGAUAAUGCCUUAAGACAUACAUUUUUGCAUAAACCGGAAGAAUGGCCACGUUCGGAAUAUUCAACUUUACCGGAAAAUGAACAUCAAGCACCCUAUGAUCCUACUGGGAAGCCAAAUCGUUUCUAUUUCAAUAUUGAAACUUGUGGAUCAUUACAACCAAGAGCAAUUAUAUUCUCUGGUUUAACUGUUUUAAAAAGAAAACUACAAAAUCUUUUGGAUAAUUUAACACAGGAGGGUCUUUAA